UAAUUAUUACAAUUAACAAAACCCGCUCUGUCUCUAUCUCUGUGUUUGUUUCCCCUGAAAUCGGGGGGAUCGGAGAAGAAAAAUCGGAAGAAUCUUUACGGCGCCUAAGCCUCCGAAUUCACCUCCCACGUCCCUGUAGGUUCGAAGUCUCAUAAUACUGUUUAUCCUCCGUACAAUUUCCCCGCGACCUAACUGUUGGUUACUAGGGUUUUUGAAUUCGGGAUUCCACUUCUGCUAGCUUCGAUUUGUUGCUCGAAGAGAAAGAAAAUUAAACUGAAAAUCUUGUUAGUUGCGAGCUCUCUCCUCUCUGUCUGUAGGCUGGGAAUGCUUGAGGCUCUCAUGUGCGUGUCCGUAGCAUGAGCGUGGGAGUGCAGUGACGGAGCUUCAGCUUGUAGCGGCGAUGUGGACCAACGUUUUCAAAAUUGGAGGUCUUCAUCAGAUAUCAUGGUUCCAGUUUCUACCCCAUGAAUCCGAUCUAAACCCUCUACCUGAUAAAAGUUUGAAAGUAGAGCAGAAAGAUACUGCUACAUGGUUGGUGCUUUCAUCGCAUCUACAGUUGCAAAAGGAAGGAUUUUUUAGCACAUGGACCAAUUCCUUUGUUGGACCCUGGGAUCCAUCUCAGGGUCUGCACAAUCCUGAUGAGAAAAUCAAACUCUGGCUUUUUCUUCCCGGGCGUCAUUCAUCUGUUAUUGAGACUGCUCAAAGUGCAGUCUCCAGAUUAAGAGUAAUUGCAUCUGGAAUCUGGUUGGCUCCUGGGGACUCAGAAGAAGUUGCCGCUGCCCUUUCACAGGCUUUAAGGAAUCGUAUAGAAAGAUCACUUAUUGGACUCUCCUACAUGCGAUUUGGAGAUGUAUUUUCAAGGUAUUAUCCAUCUCAAAGCGAGGAAAUUUUCAGGAGAGGGCAACCUGCUGUUGAGUUCAUCUUUGCUGCUACUGAAGAGGCAAUCUUUGUACAUGUUAUAAUAUCCGCAAAGCAUAUCCGGUCACUUUCAAGUGGUGAUAUUGAAAGAGUAUUAAAGCGUUCUUCCAAUAAUCCUGGUUACAAACUUCCAGUGAUUGUUUCUCCUCAUGGAAUUCGUGGUAGGCUUACUGGAUGUUGUCCUGGCGAUCUUGUCAAACAAGUGUAUUUCAGUUCUGGCAACUUGAAGAAUUCAAAUGGAUUUAUAGGCCUACCAUAUCAUGUUUCUCAAAGUUCUGGGUACCAGAUGAGGGGGCAAAAUUUCUAUGUUGAAGUUACCCUUGGCUGCCCUAGAUCUGGAAGUGACAAUGCCUUGCAAUCAAACUCAGAUUCCAUGAGGAAUUUGGCCAAGAAUCAUGUUGCUGAACCUCCUGCUGUUGGAAGGGGUGAUCAGAAGGGAUCACGGGAUCAAUUACCAGUUUAUGAGAAAACAUUCAUAUAUCCAGCCGAGGCAGUGCUUGUCCCAGUCCUGCAUACAUCAUUUGCCAGAUCUUCUCUUAAAAGAUUUUGGCUACAGAAUUGGACAGGACCAUCAUUACCUAGUUCAUCUUUCUUUAUGCACUGUGCUAGCAAUAUGGACUUCGUGGAAGGAUCAUGGAAUGAAACCAGUGGAAUACACACCAAGCAUGGUUAUAAGAGUAGCAGCAAUAGUAACAGUAGCAGUAUCAGCAGCAUAAGCAGCAGCUCUAGUGAUAGUGAUCACAAGAUGACCGCAGGAGGCAGCGAACUUGAGGGAGAUGCUGAUUCUUUAGCUUGUAGACAGUCUGGUUUAUCUACUAAUGAUCAGUUGGAGAAUGAUUGCAACAAAUUGGGUUCUAAGCGCUCUCGAGCUGGGACGACAGAGUCAUUUGGUCAAGUGGGCACUGCUACAAAUUCUCUUGUGCAAGAUGCAUACAAGUCUGAUUUUGGUUCCAUGGAAGUUGACAAUUCAGCCAUAACAGGAGCUGCAAAUGAUCAGAUUGGAUCCCAUUGGGAUUGGGAUGAUGAUGACAGAGGUAAUGCCAUGGAUAUCCAAGCUCUUCUCUCUGAGUUUGGAGAUUUUGGGGACUUCUUCGAAAAUGAUGCUUUGCCUUUUGGGGAGCCCCCAGGAACUGCAGAAUCACAGGCACUCAUGUUUUCUGCACCAGAUGGUGGAGAUGUACGUUGCAGUCCAGUGGGGAUGACGGAUAUUUCUGAUCAGAUGCUAUUGCCUGUGGGUUUUCCAUCUUUUGACAGUUUUGAUCCACCUCCUCCAGUAGCCCAAGAGGAGUGUCUCAGCAAAAAUCUAGAAGUCACAAAUAGCAGUCUGUCAUCAGGUCUGGUGAACCACACUCCAGCAUAUUCUACAGGUGAGUUUGAUCAUAUAAUAAAAGCUGAAGCACUGAUGACAUUUGCCACUGAAUAUGGAGCUGUGGAAACCCCUACAAGUGAGUUUUCCUCAUCGAUUUUCAGAAGCCCGUAUUUUCCUAAAUCUCGAAAAGUGGAGAGCUCCAAUUCAAGCCCAAACAAUUAUAUAUAUGGUGCAACACCACCCUUCUCUCCUUGCUUUGAUGGAUCAGAAGAGAAGACUAGCAUGCCCUUGAACUCAAAACCAUGUCCUGGAAGAAAUGAUGUGAGUUCUGUUAUCCACUCACAGAAAUAUUACACUCAUGUGGAGAGUGGGAAGGAGCAACAUGAGAAAAGAUCAUUUGCAGGUAAUAAUAGUAUUGCUAUGUCUGAUGGGGUGGCACCAUCUCCAUUCUCCAAUCUCAACUCUACAAAUGCUGUUAAAUCUUCCCUGAGGAAAUUGACUGAAGGCACCCUUGAACUAGCGCAUUUCCUUCUGUCUACGAAGACUGUGCUUGCAACUGAAGUUGAAUGCCUUAUGUUCCAGGCCUCCAUGUGCAGGAUAAGGCACACACUUUUAUCUUCGAGUAGCCUUAUGCCUAUUGGUUUGAGUAGGUCAAGUGGACAUACUGUUUUGAAUCAGCUGCCUGGUGAACAUAGUAGUAUGACAGACAACAUAUCUGGCAAAUUUGAGGUUAAAAAGAAAGAAUCUAUACCAGUUAGAAUAGCUGGUGAUAUUGAUGGAGUGCUAGAUGGGCACCUUAAUGCACCUGUUGGGGUUUGGCGCUCUGUUGGAGUUCCUAAAGUUCCAAAGCCCUCAAAUUCACCAGGUAUGGAAGUUAGCCCUUCUUUGCCUCACAAUACAUUCAACGAGGAAGGUAUCCUUUCUUUUGGGCAAAUGCAACCACUUCAGGAACUUCUUGAUGGAAUGGCAUUACUUGUCCAACAAGCUACUUCCUUUGUUGAUCUGACUCUAGACGGGGAUUGUGGGGAUGGUCCUUAUGGUUGGCUUGCAUUACAAGAGCAAUGGAAGCGGGGAUUUUCUUGUGGGCCUUUUAUGGUUCAUGCAGGUUGUGGAGGGACUUUGGCUUCUUGUCAUUCCCUUGACAUUGCUGGCGUGGAGUUGGUGGAUCCACUUUCUGCUGAUGUUCACGCUUCGUCAGUGAUUAGUUUGUUGCAGUCUGACAUAAAGACAGCCUUAAAAUCUGCAUUUGGCAUUUUGGACGGGCCAUUGUCUGUCACCGAUUGGUGCAAAGGUCGCAAUCAAUCGGGUGAUGCUGGAAGUACAGGUGAUGGAUUUUCUGCCGAGUCCUCUAUAAGUGAAUGUAGAGAGUCCUCGAGUACUGUAACGCUAUCUGUUGGAGAACCAAUGAGCCCAUCCCAGUCUUCUGCUGGUGGAUCAUCUUGCCUUAAAGUGUCUAGUUCCAUGGAUGGAGCUAAAGCAGAUGAGACAUGCCAAAGGAGAUCUAACCAAGAAAUCUUUAGUUCAGAGUCAGAGCAGCAACUAUGCACCCGCCUAAGACCAACACUUUUUGUUCUUCCGUUGCCUGCUAUACUUGUUGGUUACCAGGAUGAUUGGCUUAAGACAUCUGCAAACUCCCUACAACUCUGGGAGAAGGCUCCUCUUGAACCGUAUGCUUUACAGAAACCUAUUACUUACAAUGUUAUAUGUCCAGACAUUGAUCCACUUACUUCUGCUGCUGCUGAUUUUUUCCAGCAACUAGGAACUGUCUAUGAGACAUGUAAACUAGGUAGUCAUUCACCACAAAGUUUGGGGAACCAAAUGGAAAUAGAUUCUGGAAAAUGGUCAUCUUCUGGUUUUGUUCUACUUGACUGUCCUCAAUCAAUGAAGAUGGAAAGCAGUAACGCUUCUCUUGUGGGCUCAAUAAGCGAUUAUUUUCUCUCUCUUUCUAAUGGUUGGGACUUGAUGAGCUAUCUUAAGACACUUUCAAAGGUUCUAAAAGGCUUGAAACUUGGUCCGUGCUUGUCCACAAACCCAAAAGAAGGAAGCAGUGGUCCUUGUAUGGUAAUAUAUGUGGUGUGCCCCUUCCCUGAGCCUAUUGCAGUUCUACAAACAGUCGUCGAAUCUUCUGUUGCUGUUGGAUCAGUCAUUCUCCAAUCAGAUAGAGAGAGAAGAUCAAUAUUACACAGCCAGGUUGGGAAAGCUUUAAGCUGCUCAGCAGCCGUGGAUGAAGCAACAAUGUCAAAUGUUUUAGUACUUUCAGGGUUUAGUAUUCCUAAAUUGGUACUACAGAUUGUGACAGUUGAUGCCAUUUUUAGAGUUACAAGUCCUCCACUUAGUGAGCUCGUAAUUCUUAAGGAAACUGCCUUCACUGUUUACAACAAGGCCCGCCGAAUUUCACGAGGAACCUCUAAUGAUAUGAUCCAAUCAUCGUCAUUAUCUAGUAGAUCUCCCUCAGUCCUGACACAAAUGUCUCCUAUUUCGGGGAUGUGGAAGGACUGUGUCGGCCCUCGAAUUACUGGGCAUUCCCUUCCAAGAGAGGGCGAAAUCGAUGCUAGCCUUAGGUCUGGUGCUUGGGAUAAUUCUUGGCAAACAAGGACUGGAGGUUUAAGUUGUGAACCAACUAGACCUGGGGAUUAUAACAUUCCUGAUGAAAUUCGUUACUUGUUUGAACCUCUUUUUAUUCUCGCAGAACCUGGUUCUGUAGAGCAUGGAGUUUCACCUGCGAUUUCUGGUAAUAUAGUAUCAGAAUCUUCGAAGCCAUUGUCUGAUGAUAGUGGUGGAGCCUUUAUGCAGGGCACAAGUUCAGCAGGAAGUGCAGAUGCUGGAUCAUGCUCUCAACUUGAUGGAUCUGAAACUGAUGCCUUUGGAUCCAGCCAUCCAAAGUCUCUUCCGAGCCUACAUUGUUGUUAUGGAUGGACAGAGGAUUGGCGCUGGCUAGUAUGCAUAUGGACAGAUUCAAAGGGAGAAUUGCUUGACAGCCAUGUAUUCCCCUUUGGUGGAAUCAGCAGUAGGCAGGACACAAAGGGGCUGCAAUGCCUUUUCAUUCAAGUUCUGCAGCAAGGCUGUCAGAUACUUCAGGCAUGCUCUUCUCCUGACAUUGGUGUUGUCAAGCCUAGAGAUUUCGUGAUCACGCGCAUUGGAAGUUUCUUUGAACUUGAAUACCUAGAGUGGCAGAAAGCCAUUAAUUCAGUUGGUGGGUCUGAGGUGAAAAAAUGGCCCCUGCAACUGCGACGAUCUGUGCGUGAUGGAAUUCCUGCAACCAGCAAUGGUACUUCCUUACAGCAACAGGAGAUGAGUUUGAUUCAAGACAGGGGCCUACCUUCCUCACCUAGUCCUUUGUAUAGCCCUCACACGAAAGCUUCUGGCUAUAUAAAAGGUGGGUUAGGACAACCUGCUGCAAGAAAGCAGCUUAUAGGUGGGCAUACAGUGGUUGACAGCUCAAGGAGCUUGCUUCAGUGGGUGCAGAGCAUCAGUUUUGUUACAAUUUCAGUUGACCAUUCUUUACAUCUAGUUUUUCAAGCAGAUUCACUGUCUCCUGGAGGCACCCAAGGUGGCAGUGUUAUGGGACCGUCUGGCUAUCUUGAAGGGUUCACCCCUGUGAAGUCUCUUGGUUCUAUGUCUGCUUCAUACCUUUUGAUCCCAUCACCCAGUAUGCGCUUUCUCCCUGCAACACCUCUUCAACUCCCAACAUGCCUCACUGCCGAAUCACCCCCGCUGGCCCAUCUCCUUCACAGCAAGGGUUCUGCAAUUCCACUUUCCACUGGCUUCGCGGUUUCAAAGGCUGUACCUUCCAUGAGGAAAGACUAUAGAAGCAGCAUGAAAGAAGAAUGGCCUUCGGUUCUUUCUGUCAGUCUUAUUGAUUAUUAUGGAGGCGCUAGCAUUAUCCAAGACAAGAUUGUUCGAGGUGUUCAUAAACAGGGAGGUAGGAGUUUAAGCUCGGAGUCUAAAGAUUUCGAAAUUGAGACCCAUUUAGUUCUUGAGUGUGUUGCAGCAGAGCUUCAUGCACUAUCAUGGAUGACUGUUAGCCCGGCAUACUUGGAGCGACGAACCGCAUUGCCUUUCCACUGCGACAUGGUUUUGAGACUAAGAAGGCUACUUCAUUUUGCUGAUAAAGACGUCUCUCGGCAGCUAGAGAAGUCACAAUGUGUAGGUUAAACAUUAACACAGUAGGAAAUGAUUUAGGGUGGUUUCUUGGUGAAGAUUUUAUUGAAAGAUGAAUGCGAAAAUGAGCAUCGAAUAGGCUGUGCUAUAGUCUGUCGAGUGUUCUAUUCACAUGUAUAAUAAUUAUAGCAUGUAAUCUGUAUAUGUAAUUUUGUCCCAUUGAUCCGCAGUUUUGAAUUCCCAGAAAGCAAUUGGACAGUCUGAGCAGAAAUAGUUAGGUCUGACAGGUGUAGCUUUUACUGCAGAUGUCGUUAAAAAUGUAUAUGAAAGUUGUAGGACAGCUGACAUUUGCUCAAGUUAACAUGAUUAGUACAUUUCAA